CAACCAACCGCGCGCUCUGACCCAAUUCGAUUCCAAUGUACGGAAGCAGCAGUUAUAAACCCUAACCCAAUUCCAUCCCCACAAUCGUCGUCUUCCCUCUCCCUCUCCCUGAAUUCGGCGCCGUUUCAGAGGUUUUUCACUUAUCUAUAAAUCUACACUGUAAAUUCUGCCGUGGUUGAUUCCAAUCGAGGCGUUACGGACCUCCGAACUCUGCUGAUUUCGCCACAAAACUCCAGAAAAUAUCGCCAGCUCCAUGGAAGGACUGGACGUCGACAUGGACGCUCCACUUUCUGAAGCGUUCAAGCGAAAGAGAAAAACAAGGAAGAACGAAUCUCUUGCCGCGGCCGAAAAAUCGACCGAGGCAGUAAACAAUCAUCAGGUUGCUCUGAAUCUCAAAACCGACAUUCCUGAUGGUGUAUUGGUUUCUGAAUUUAACUACUCUGUAGAGAGUCACUUCAAAGACAUGGAUAUAAUUUCCAAGCUCUGUGGAUACCCAGAGACCACUCUCAAUUUUGAUCACCCAGAAAUUAAACGAAUUUCCAGUUCUACAACUUUUCUGAGAGAGUGGAGGGAUUUCAAGUACCCUCCUCGAGAUGUCAGGUUCGUUUGUCAGAGUAAUUCGAACGACAAAGAAGUAAUGGGUGCGGUUACUUUACCUCAAUUUUCAUCUGCAUCUGUUCCGAAGGAGACAUGCGUUGGAGGCAGGGCUGGUACAGAAUCGAGCAGAGACUUUGUAAUGCAUGUUGGUGGUGCAGUUUGGGCAUUGGACUGGUGUCCCAGAGUUGAGCAUACUUCGAAUAAUCAUAUCAAAGCCGAGUUCAUCGCCGUUGCUGCUCAUCCUCCUGAAUCUUCAUAUCACAAGAUUGGUGCCCCUUUGACUGGAAGAGGUGCCAUCCAGAUAUGGUGUAUGCUAACAGAUUCUGUGAAAGAGAUGGUACCUUAUCAGGAGUGUAAAAAAUCAAGAUCCAAUGGCAAGAAAAAAGGUGCAGGUAAGUCCAAUCAGUCGUCUGAACCGCCCAGGCCAAGAGGGAGGCCAAGGAAGAAACCAAAUAAUGACUCUGUGAAAAAGAUAGAUACAAACAGUCUGAACGAGCAACCUCUUGCUAUUGAAUAUCCAGAAAGCCCUGCCACAUUUUUUUCUCCAGGUAAAAAAGAUACAGGUAAGUCCAAUCAGUCAGCUAAAAUCCCGAGGCCAAGAGGGAGGCCAAGGAAGAAGCCAAAUAAUGACUCUGUGGAAAAGAUAGAUACAAACAUUUUGAACGCUCAAACUCUUGCUACUGAAAACCCAGAAGGCCCUGCCAUACUUCUUUCUCCAGAUGAAACUUCUGGAAAUGCCUGUGAAAAUAUUGAUAAUGAAGACUAUUUAAGAACACCGAAAGAGUUGAAUUGCACGGAACAUUCAAAUAUGUUACUGCUGACUGCACCUGAAGAUGAACAUAAUAAAAUUGAGGCAGGGAAUGAAGCCCAGGUUCACAAUAAUGGUACACAAAAUCUUAGACAAUGUGAACUUGGAGAAGAUGUUGUAGUGAAUCAAACAUGUUCAAGCAUCACUGUAGAUUCCAUGAACCCCGAGAAUAAUGUAACUUGUACUAGUACUUUUAGCAACCACAUUCCUGUGGAAGUUGAAUUGCCUAGAAUGAUGCUAUGUCUAGCUCAUAAUGGGAAGGUUGCCUGGGAUGUAAAGUGGAGGCCAGUUAAGUCUCAGGACUCUGAAUCGAAGAAUGUAAUGGGCUAUCUUGCCGUCUUGCUUGGAAAUGGUUCCCUAGAAGUGUGGGAGGUACCUUUUCCUCAUGUACUGAAACAUAUAUUUCCUGUUGGCAAGGAGCAGUGUGAUCCUCGCUUUGUCAAAUUGAAACCAGUAUUCAAAUGCUCAAAGCUAAAGUGCGGUAACCGGCAAAGUAUUCCUUUAACAGUGGAGUGGUCUGUAUUAUCUUCCAAUGAUAUGAUUUUGGCCGGAUGUCAUGAUGGAGUGGUUGUGUUAUGGAAGUUUUCAGUUACUGAUUCAUUAACAGAAACAAAGCCUCUACUAUCAUUCAGUGCAGAUUCUGGUCCAAUUAGAACGCUGGCAUGGGCACCAGUGCCAAGUGAUUCUGGAAGUGCGAAUGUCAUUAUCACUGCAGGCCGCAAAGGCUUUAAGUUUUGGGACAUAAGAGAUCCUUUCCGACCAUUGUGGGAUUAUCCAAUUCAGGGGUAUACAUUUGGUUUAGAUUGGCUGCCAGAUCCAAGGUGUGUCUUUGGAUCCACCGAUGAUGGAGCGCUGUGGUUACUCAGUUUAGCGAGGGCAGCAUGUGAUAUUCCGAUAACCGGAAAAUCGUUCACUGUCUCACCAAAACAAGGGUUUCACAUCUUUCUCUGCUCUUCAUUUUCAAUAUGGAAUGUUCAGGCAUCUCGAUUGACAGGUAUGGUUGCAUACUGUGGAGAGGAAGGAUCCACGUUUUGCUUUAAGCCAACGACAAAAUCAGUGAGAGAUCCCUCUCGAAAUCGUACGGAUCAUUAUCUUUGUGGAUCUAUGUUGGAAGAGGGAUCAGUCCUUGUUGUAGCCACGCCAUCAUCUAAUAGUUCGUACCACAAGAAAUCCCCUAACUUGAAACGCGCUGGUACAACCAAAGAUUUCGACAAAAGAAUCAAGCAACUCAUGGAUAAUGCUCAAACACGCGACGAGCCAACUCAAGCAAAGUGCAGUGGUAGGGGUCUCAUUGAACAUUGUGGAUCUGACAGCUCAUCAGCAGCAGCAGAACAGAAAGUGAAGAAAAGCAGCAAGAACAAGAUGAAGGUGGAUCAAGAAAAUCCGUCGUGCACAAAUGAGGAGGCUGAUGGAGACACGGAAAUGGAAGCUUUUCCUCCAAAGAAUGUCGCAAUGCAUAGAGUGAGAUGGAAUCCAAACAAAGGCAGUGAACAGUGGCUCUGCUAUGGGGGAGCUGCUGGCUUGGUUCGAUGUCGUGGCCUUGAUUUUUCAGUUUUCCAAUAGGUCUUAAGGAGGUUUUCUGGUCUCAACCAUAAGAUGGUGGUUGGAUAAGUAAAAGUUUGAUGGUGUGACAUCAGUGAUGUAUGCUCACAGUGGUUUGCAGUGUCAAGACCUUUGGUAUAUUCCUGUUCGGGAUGGUGGUGUUGGAUUUGACCAUUAUCUGUCUACACAUGGCAAUUGCUGAUAAAUGGAUUGAGACUCUCAAUGAGUACUAGGAACAAAACUCGAUGAAGAAACGAGGAUGAAGACGAGGAAUGGAAGAUAUUGUGCUCGCUCUUGCGAACACGGGAUGGCUUGAAAACUAUGUCAUCUAUGCAGAAAGACCAAGCACAAGUUGGCAACGAAACUGUUGUGUUCUGGUACACGGAUAAGAUAUUAUUAUGAUAAGAGACCUUCGAGGGUGUCCCAAAUUUAAUUUUGACGAAUUUCCAGGGACGUGCAAGAUAUUGUCAGAUUCAAUAAAUUGACAGGGCAAUGCACAACUCCUCGAAGAAAAAUAUGUGCACUAAGUAAACUUUCAGCAAAGCACAAUAGCCGGCAAACUACGACAGUAAUAACCUUUUCUGUGACAAGCAAGGCAAGGGAUAGGUGGGCUUUGAACCCAUCGAUUAACCACGCCGACUCUAGGAGGUGUUGUAUUCUUAGCUAUCUGUAUAUCUUGAUGUUGCUGAUCUAAGUGAUGCAUUUGUUAUUAAUCAUGGAAUGAUAUUGAUAAUGCAUCGGAUUGAUGCCGCAGCAACUUUGUUACUAACUAAUUUUUUGAGGGAUCCACUUUAUAUGAUUCUAGGCUUGUUGA